AUGCCCAUAGCGCAUCAUGUCGUCCUGGCCUCGGGCGCUGUCGUUGCAGUGUCCGUCGCAGUGGCUACCUUCAUCGCCAUCUACGAGUCCCCCGAGCUGCGCCAGUACGCAGACGACGUGAGACGACGCAUUGCCAUGGCCUUUUACUCCAUCGGUGACGGCAUCACGCCUCCAGCCCGCGAGCCCCGCUUCAACAGGCCCGAGGACGCCGACGGCUUCUUCGAGUCCCGCCGCGGCCUCGGCGCUGAGCCCGGCGUCGACGCUGACGACGAAACCCGCCGCCGGCAGAGAGAGGAGCUGCUCUACUGGAACUCGGUGCGGCUGCAGCAGCAGCAGGACAAGGAGAAGCAGCAGCAGCCGCAGAACUCGUCUGAAGCGCCGCCUCGGCCUGACAAGCUGCCUCGCCGCGGAUCGACAUUUGAUGACUUUUUGCGGCCCGACGACACCGCUGAGCAGGGCGCAUACGUCUUCAACUCGGGUGCUGACGUUAGGGACUUUGGCGGCCUUCGUCGUCGCGGAGAAGGCGCCCGGGGCUUCAUGUCGCCCGCGUACUCCAAUCCCUUUGCCGAUGAGCAUCACCUCGAUGCCGAUGAGAUCCAGGACGCCCACAUCGCCCACCAGCUCGGCCCGGAGCCCAGCGAGAUGUCCGACAUUUACAGCGCCACCACCCGUGAUGACCAUGAGGAGCGAAGCGCCACUCUGGAGGCCAUCUCGCCCUCGCCGUUGGUUGAUGUCACCCCGCUGCCCUCCGCCGGUUCGCAGUCGCCGCCUCCGACCCUCGAGCGAGAGCUUGCCGAGGACGAGUUCAUGUCCGCCGGCCAGCCCGAUCGCCAAGACGUCCACGCCACCAUCCAGGCCUGGGCCCAGGAAUCGAGCCGUGACUUUUACUCCCCGACACAGGACUCGAGCCGUGACUUUUACUCCCCCCUCCCCGUGACUCCCGUAGCGCCAAUGUCCGAGCCCGACGUCAUCUCAGAAGGCGAGCUGACCCCCACCGACUCGGUGUCUCUCGUUGGGUCCGGCGAGGACAUUGCCAAUGAUGCGCAGAUUUCCGAGCGCGACAGCAACGGACGGUACAUGGACGUCAUGAGCGAGAGCGAGGGCAUGCUCACUCCGGCGAGCUGGUCCGAGGUGGGUAGCGUCAUCAGCGACAACGAGGGCCCGAUGCACGCAUGA